ACGAACAGGUGGUGAAAAUAUGAUUUUGUUCUCUUCUACUUGUUCUUCCCUCUUUGCCUCCCAUACCUGCUGCUUUUCUGAAAGGUCAAUUUCAUUUUCUUUAGGAAAAGGAUUCUUUCCUUUAUCUCCAAAUGCUAACUUGACGCCCUUCCCUAGAAAUCGUCCCAUUAAUUAAGAUGCCCUGAAGCUCAUAAACCGUAAUCAGUUCAGAGGCUGUCUGCUGCAAAGUGCUAAUUGACACCCCCAAAGAGGAACAGUGUCACCAAUCAGUAGAAAAGAGCAGAGAGCUGGUGGAUGUGUGGUUUUGAUUUUGAAAAGGUGUGGGAAUGCCCUGUGAUGUUUUCCUCUGGACUCCUCUUGAAUGUUAAUGUUUUCUUGAAGAUGAUUUCAGACACACUGCUAGGAUACCGCCUCUACUCACCGAAGCAGAAUCCUCUGAAGAGUUGCUGAGGCAGAACUGAAAUCAUGGCUCGCCUCAAAGCAGCAGCUGUAUUGGCCACUAAUGAUGCCUCACACAGAAAGACGACGCUCCCUUAACUCGGGGGUUUUAAUGGGAAGUUACUAAGCCUGAAACAACAGCUUUAGAUCUGGGGUGUGCCAUCAGCUGCUUGCAGCCAGCACAGCCGACUGCUUUAACAGCUUGGUCGGGAAGAAUGGAAACUAAAGAGGCUUGUAACUACCUGUAACUGUUCCACCAGGAAAUGGAUCAAGUGUUUGUUCAGCCAGAUCCAGAUAACUCAGCCUCUCCAAGGUACAGCCACCAUGAUCUCAGCCGACUGAUAAUGGAAGAGAAGGAAACUGGGGGUUCCUGUGCCCUGGCUUCCCUGGAUGAUGGAUGGAGGCCAGCCCGUCCCUUCACCCCUCGUGCCCCUGGGGAACACAUCAUCAGAUUUUAGCAUGUCUCUGGAACAGAAAACCACAUUUGUUUUUGUGAUUUUGUUGUUUAUUUUUUUGGGCAUCCUCAUUGUCAGGUGCUUCCGGAUUCUCCUGGACCCGUACCGGAGCAUGCCGACCUCGACCUGGGCUGAUGGCCUGGAAGGCCUGGAGAAAGGGCAGUUUGACCAUGCCCUUGCUUAGCAGCCAGGGAGUGGGGAAGCCCUCUCUGACCUGGCUAGAGAAUAAAGACUCUGAGAAAGGGUCUGGUCUGAACCUGGUGACGGGGCAAUGAAGAGACUUCCUCGUGCUAAUCGCGUCUCUCAGCUUGCUUUGAUUUUCCCUGGGAUCUGGGUCCUGACCAGAGACUGAGGAAGACUGUGCUGAGUGGACCCAGAUCAGGUACUUGUUUCCUCCUAAAGCAAGGAACCCUGGCAGGCAAUGGGAGGGCUUGGAAGAGAUGGUUCCAUCCCCGGAAAAUAUGAGCAGGGAUGAUUUCAUUCUGUUUCUCAAGGAAACUCAAUGCAAAGGCUUGUGGAGUUUUUAAAGCUGUUUGCCGGGCCAAGUCCAUUUUGUGUAUUCAUAUUAAUAGUGUGUAGAGGUAGCUAUACAUAACCUGCAUUUGCUUUCUGCACACAAAUGAUUGGCAAAAUAGGUUGCAAGAGCAGCUUCAAGUUUUCUUCUUUUUAAUGAAAAGUUAAUUGUUUAGAGAAGACUUUUACAGUCUUAAGAGGAAUGUGUGUUCAUGACUGAAUAUAGAAACCAAAUAAAACUUCUCAAGAGACAGAAGUGUCUUCUCUCUCAUUUCACCGAGACGAAUGCUGGAGACAGAGUGUGGUAUCGAAUGCUGGGAACCCACAGUGUUCUGAGAGAGUGAGAGAGAGCAGAGACCAUGAAACAUCAUUGAAUUCGCCCCUCUGUCACUUCAGGGCUCCUCUGUCCUGCACACAGAAAACCUGUUCUAAGCACUAUUUAAGACUAUGGAAAAGGGAGAUGUGAAAACCUCUUAUUCCAACUUCUGAUGGUAAGAAAACCUUGUAUCUUACCUAAACCCCUUGGGCUUUAUUUAUAGUCCAUGACUUCUCCUUUCUCCUCAGCUAGCUAUCUUCAUUAUUAUUAUUUUAAAAAGUUUAAAAAGCCAACCUUGCCUGAAAAGACAUCCUUAGAAGAAGGAUGAAAAAAAAACCCUGUUUUCUUGUCUCCCAUUUUUUAAAAACAUUCUUUAGGGUUGGUGGGGGGUGUCCUGCUGUCCACAUUUCCUCCCCCACCAUGUUCCCCUUGAUUUCUUCUCAUUAUUAAAAAAUAGCCCUGCUGUAUUGAAAUAUAAUGCACAUACUAUAAAAUUUACCCUCUUAGAGUGUACAAUUCAGUGGUUCUUAGCAUCUUCAUGGGAUUGUAUGACCAUCGCCACUGGCGGAUCCCUGCAUCCUCUGCCCACUGUGGUCACUUCCCAUCCCCAUCCUCCCAGCCUCCAGCAAUCUUGAAUCCACUCUCUUUCUCUAUGGAUUUGCCAAUUCUGGGUAUUUCAUAUAAAUGGAAUCAUAGAAUAUGAGGCCCUUUAUGUCUGGCUUCUUUCACUCAGCAUGUUUUCAAAGUAGAUUCAGCCAUGAUCACACUGAAAGGUACGUAGCAGGCUACAAGGAACUUCCUUCCUUUGAAUGGCCAACUAAUAUCCAUUGUUGGGCUACACCACAUUCUGUUUAUCCAUGUUGGUUACCACGGUAUCCACUGGCUAGUAUGUGCAGCUGCUGUGAACAUUCGUGCACAAGUUUGGGUAUGGGUAUGUGUUCAGUUCUCUUGAGUAUAUUCCUAGGAAUGGAUUUCCUGGGUCAUAUGCUACUGCAUGUUCAACUUUGUCAAGGACUCUGAGCCUGUUUCCCUAAGUGGCUGCAUCAUUGUCCAUUCCCAUCAGCAAAGAGGUGUGAUGGUUUUCUUGCCUCUUUCCAGCUACUCAGAUUUUUUCUUUAGUUGUAGAAUUUAUAACGGAUCACACCACUUCAAGGAUGAGUCAGAUUAAAAAGAACCACCUCUGGUUUCUACAUGCUUUAAGUUUUUUGAUGCCUUCAAAAAUCCUUUGCUUCUGUAUCUAAAGCAAAACACAGAUGUCGAUCUGUGGCCACCCUGUGGUCUAUUAAGUCACCUGAGUGUAUUUUCUGUCUUGCAAAUGUAUAUUUCUUUAACCCACUAAUUAUAAAGUUU